AUGCCACUGUCUCCAGAGCCAUUCAUUGUUAGUGCUCCAGGAAAGGUUAUUAUUUUUGGUGAACACUCAGCAGUAUAUGGAAAGCCAGCAAUUGCAGCAGCCUUGAGUUUGAGAUGCUUUUUACUCGUUACACCAUCUACAGAUUCAAAUGUUAUACGAUUGCAAUUUCCAGAUAUAGAGCUUGACCAUUCUUGGGACAAAAGUUCGAUCAAGUGGGAUAAAAUUCGGCAAUGUCUAAAGUUUGACAAGAAUGGAAGUCCUAUUCCUCCAUCGGAGUUGGUACCAGAAAUUGUGGAUGAUUUAUCUGAUAUGCUUGGUGGGUUUGAAAGUAAUAACGUCCAUCACCUUGCGUGUUUUUGCUUUCUUUACUUGUAUGUCUGUCUUUGCAACAGCGAAAGCCCUGGAAUGACUUUUGUAGUAAGGUCAACGUUACCAAUUGGUGCCGGAUUGGGUUCGUCUGCUUCCACGUCGGUUUGUCUUUCUGCUGCAUUGUCAAGAUUGGGGGGAUGGAUAAAAGACCCACGUGUCCAUGAAGGAGACACCACGCCAAAGCAGGACAUUCCUGAUCUUGAAUUUAUUGACACAUGGUCCCUAAUUGGUGAAAAGUGCUUUCACGGGAACCCUUCUGGAAUUGACAAUGCUGUUGCCACACAUGGAGGAGCCGUCAUGUUUCAGAGAUCUUCUGAGCCAGGGAAACCAUCAACUAGAACUAACAUAAGAACUUUGCCCCCAGUAAAGCUAUUAUUGACCAAUACAAAGGUCCCCAAGAGUACUGCUAAAUUGGUUGGCGGGGUGGGGAUACUAGCAGCGAAAUACAACUCCAUUAUAACACCCAUUCUUGAAUCAAUGGGUAACUUGGUACAAGAGGCAUACCGAGUAAUGACUCACCCCAAUUUUGGGUCGGAAGAGACUGCAAUCUUGCGUGAAUUGGUCAACAUUAACCAUGGUCUUUUGGUGGGAUUAGGAGUGUCGCACCCUUCAUUGGAAACAGUGAAACUAAUUGGUGAUGAAAUGAAGAUUGGAGCAACCAAGUUGACUGGAGCUGGCGGAGGAGGUUGUGCAAUAACUUUGGUCAAUGAGGAUACUCAAGAAUCGGUAAUUGGUCAAGCUAUAUUGGAAUACGAAAGACAAGGUUUUGAAAGUUUCGAAACAUCCUUGGGUGGGAAAGGUGUCGGAAUGUUGUUUCAGCUGGAUCUUGUAAAUGAUAAAAAGUUUUCACCAGAGUUGUUUUGCAACUACGCUAAUAGAUUAGAGAUUGAGACUGCACUCGCUGUCGAAAAUGUACCUGAAUGGAAGUUCUGGUGA